AUGUGGUGCGACUGGGACCGAUGCCGGCGCCUCGCCAGCGUGCUGGCCGGGCUCCUGCUCAUGGGGAGCGUGGGCUCGAACCACUCGAUCUCCGUCUGGAACGCGCAGCUCCGCGCGCUGCUGGGCUUCUCCGAGGCGGGCAUCUCGCUCGUGUGCUCGAUGGCGUCCUUCGGCGCCUACUUCUCCGUGAGUCCUGGCUACGUCUUCGACCGCAUCGGCGCCCACCGCAGCGUCUUGCUCGGCGGACUCUUGCUUGCAGGCAUCUACACGGGGCUGUACACCGGUCUAGAGGCAUUCCCCGAGGCCUUGACGCCGCUGGGCGUGGGUGUCGCCUUUGCUGUGCUCGGUCAGGCAACCAACUUCGGCGUGUUCGCGGCGCUGGGGCCCAACGAAGAUCUCUUCGGGCCUGAACAUCGCGGUAAGAUCAUGGCACUGGAGUUCGCGGCCUUCAGCGCCGGUGCAGCACUGUUCGCCGAGCUUUACGAGCACAACUUCGACGGGCAAGUGCCGCUGUACUUCCGGUUCAUGGGGUGUUUAAUGCUUGCCGUGUUUCUGCUGGCAUGGGUGACGUUGUAUCGGCCUGGUAGAGAGGAUCCGGCACACGCGGUUGCGGUCGCUCCACCCAUUCAUGCCCUCGAAGAAUUUAUGCCACCGGAGAGGACGGCGAGGACGAGUGCGGACCUGGAUGAGAACUGCAAGCUGGUUCCCACUGUGCAGCCCGAUAUUACCGGUCGCGAGAUCCUGGCUGACUCGCGCUUCUGGCUGCUUUUCGCCACUGUCUUCAUUUUGGUGGGGUCGUCGCUGUUUAUCAUGGCCAACAUUGCCUUUAUUGUGGAGUCGCUGGGCGGCCCGAUGGGGCAAAUCCCUACGAUGGUGGCGUUGUUUUCCGUCGGCAACUGCUGCGGCCGCGUCGUGGCCGGUAUCGUGUCCGACAGCGUGCUGGAUCACUGCCCGCGUAUCUACUUAGUCAGUAUGGCGUCCGUCCUCGUUGGCGCGAUCCACACGCUGUUCCUGGUCAUUCCGCGCGCGUACCUAGCUGUCCCCAUCACGCUGUCAGGCAUCGCUGACGGCGUCAUGUUCGCUGCCUUCCCGGUCUUAACGCGAGAGACCUUCGGUGCGCGCCACUUCGGGAAGAAUUUUGGUCUCAUCAGCGUCGCCAACGCGCUCGGCUUCCCGUUGUUCUACAGUCCCGUAGGCUCCUUCGUGUACAGUAUGUCGGCAGAGCGCGUGGAUGGCGUCCAGAAGUGCAUCGGUGAAGAGUGCUUCCGACCCGUGUUCCUGUUGGUAGUGGCGCUGAGCGUGGUGUCGCUGGCCGCGAGUCUCCGCUUCGCGGCACGCCAGAGCUACGUCCGCUUAACGUAA